AUGGCUAUUAAAGUUGCAAUUAUUAUUUACACAUUAUAUCACCACAUUGCUCAAUUAGCAGAAGAAGAAAAAAAAGGUGUUGAAGCUGCUGGUGGUCAAGCUGUCAUUUAUCAAGUUCCAGAAACUUUAAGUGAUGAAGUCUUAACCAAAUUACAUGCUCCACCAAAACCAAAUUAUCCAAUUGCAACUAAUGAAGUUUUAGAAGAAUAUGAUGCUUUCAUCUUUGGUAUUCCAACUAGAUUUGGUAAUUUCCCAGCUCAAUUUAAAGCUUUUUGGGAUGCAACAGGAGGCCUUUGGAGUCAAGGAAAGCUUAGCGGUAAGAUCGCUGCGGUAUUUACGUCCACAGGUACUUUGGGAGGUGGUCAGGAAACCACAAUUGUUAACUCAUUAUCCGUUUUAAUUCAUCAUGGUAUUAUUUUCGUUCCAUUAGGUUAUGCUCAUGCCUUUGCUUUACAAGCUAAUUUAAGUGAAGUCCACGGUGGAUCACCAUAUGGUGCAGGAACUUUCGCUGGUGGAGAUGGUUCACGUCAACCAAGUAAAUUAGAAAAAGAAAUCGCUGAAAUUCAAGGUAAAUCAUUUUAUCAAACCGCUGCUAAAUAUUUAUCAUGA